AUGGCGCUGGGCGGCACGGCCUCCCGGCUCGGCUCGGCACAGCCUCCCGGCACGGCACGACCUCCCGGCACGGCACAGCCUCCCGGCACGGCACAGCCUCCCGGCUCGGAACGGCUCGGCCUCCCGGAGCCUCCAGCCCGGCCCCGCCGGGCCAGCCCCGCCCGGCGCAGCCGCGUCCCGCCCCGCCGCGCGCAUGCGCAGCGGCUCCGCUGCGGGGAAAGCGCGGGAAGCGGCGCUCGGCGCCGUUUCGCUCCCGCCUCAGCCCGCGCUGCCCGCGCACGCCGGCACCUCGCCCCCUCGUCCCCUCGCCCCCUCGUCCCCUCGCCCCCUCGUCCCCUCGCCCCCUCGUCCCCUCGCCCCCUCGCCCCGCCGCGGGGAGCUCGUCGAGUCGGGGUAAGGCAGUCCAUGGAAAAAAAAAAAACGGGGCUGAACGGAGCGGGAAGGCGGCGAGAAGCCUGGGAGGCCCGGCUCGGAAUCCAGACCCUGAGGGGCGCGGGAGUGCGUCAUCCCGCUUCCAGACUCGGGUGGCUGGAAGUCCCUGUCCCCGCAGCCGGCCUGGAGCGGGCUGGGGCAGCUCCAGGAACGUCCGUGCGGGUGCUCUGGGCGGGGGUCCCGGGUCUGGGUGAGUGA